GUCGAGGAUGCCCAGCCACCUGCGGUGCUUCUGUCCCGACGCGUCUCUUCCACUUCUAAGGCUCCUGUGAGAAGUUAAGGAUGAAACGGAAGACGGAGGUGACGGACUUCCACGACCGCGACAGCUCCGCGUGGAAGAAGUUCAUCCUCCUGGUCUGGAAGAAUUACAUAAUCCAGAAGCGGCACAAUAUCCAAACGAUCGUGGAGAUCACCCUACCCCUGCUCUUCACGUGUCUCCUCCUCGUCAUCCGCGUCGUCAUCAAGCUGGACGUCGUCACGGAGCCCACGAUAUUCCCCGCGUUCCCCGUCGAAAUCGAUUCGCUCGAAGAUCUUAACUUCACAUGUGAGAAUGAGGCACUUUUCGGAUUCAAGCCGUGCCUCGUAGCUUUUACGCCAAACACAAGCGAAAUCAUUGAACUCAUGGGAGAAGUGGGGUCGAAACUGGACGUUACAGCAAAAGGUUACCAGUCGGAAGCAGACAUGAUAUCGGAGUUGAUGGGAACCACUAGUUCAAAAAAAUCUUCCUCGAACAAGUCCCCGAGAAAGCCUUCCUCGCCUCGAGACGCCACUGCUAGGUCUUUCGGGGAUGGGGUGUGCGAUCCGUUGGGCAACAAUACCGAUAUUUUCCAGGACCUUUUAGAAAAUUUUGUCACGAACCGAACCAUCCAGGGAUCCUUCCGAGCAGGCGUCGUCUUCAACGUCACCUCCUUCUCCAACCAGACCCAUAUCCAGGCAAUUUCCUUUCCCGUCUCCCCUCGCGUCUGCCUCCCCGCGCAUCCACCGACAAUCUCCCUUCUCUUUGCAUCAGAUGUCGCUGAGAUUCCGAGCCGUCCCGUACCAGAGGAGCAAUCCUUUGAUGCCGACUCCCACAUGGAUGACAGACCUCCUUUAUCCCAGGUUUCAGACGCCGGGGCCCCGUAUCGAGUGCAAGGUGGAAUUUCCCUUCCAGGCUACUACGAGGAAGGAUUCCUCCUGCUCCAGCACACCAUCUUCAAGGAAAUCGCGAAUUUCUGGAACUCCGCGGGACUGAACAGCACCGAGGAACAGAACAGCUCCUGGCCGUCAGAGGACGACCUGCAAGUCUACCUCCAGCGAAUGCCCUACCCCCCGUACGUGGACGACACGUUCCUGGUCGCCCUCGGCGGCUGGCUUCCCCUCGUCCUCAUGCUCUCCUUCAUCUACCCGGCCGCUAACAUCAGCAAGAGCAUCACCCACGAGAAGGAGAAACGGCUCAAGGAAUCAAUGAAGAUGAUGGGUCUCCCCAACUGGCAGCACUGGCUGGCCUGGUUCGUGAAAUCCUUCCUCUUCCUCCUCAUCGCCGUCAUCUUGAUGACCAUCAUCCUCGUAGUCAAGGCUUACAAGGCGCCGAAUGGGACGAAGCUGGCCGUUCUCGACAAAUCCGAUCCAUUCCUCGUCUUUUGUUUCCUCGUCACCUAUGCCCUUGCCACAAUUGCCUUCGCCUUCCUCGUAUCCACAAUUUUCUCUAAAGCGAAUUCGGCGUCGACAUGGAGCGGUCUCCUGUGGUUCCUCACCUACAUCCCGUUCACCUUCCUCGACCCCCGAUACGAGCAGCUGAGUCUCAACUUGAAAUUAAGUACGUCCAUCUUCGUCAACAUGGCCAUGGCCUUCGCUGGGAAAAUCAUCGGACUCUUCGAAGGAGCUGGGAAAGGGGUACGCUGGGAGACUCUAUGGGAACCAGUGUCGCCAGACGACGACUUGUCGUUCGGUCACAUCAUGCUCAUGUUCCUCGUGGACAUCGUCCUCUAUCUCCUGAUCGCUUGGUACCUAGACGCCGUCUUCCCAGGUUCUUAUGGGGUACCGCAGAAAUGGUACUUCCCCUUCCAGAAGAGUUACUGGCUGGGAAUCAAAGAGAAACCCAUUGAAGAAGCGACAAGUGCUCUACGGGCGAGGCCUGACCUCUUCGAAGAAGAUCCGAGACAUCUCAAACCUGGCAUCCGCAUCAUAAAUCUCUCUAAGAUCUACAAGGGGGAGAAGUUGGCGGUGAACGGCAUGAACCUGAACAUGUACGAAGGCCAGAUCACGGUCUUGCUGGGUCACAACGGAGCCGGAAAAACAACCACCAUGUCCAUGCUCACCGACGACGAUCUUUUGACCCCAGAUCGUGAUGCUGGACGAGCCCACCUCAGGGAUGGAUCCGUCGGCGAGGAGAGCCACGUGGGAUCUGCUCCAGGUGAGUCGAAAUCCCCUGAAUCCAAAGAGAGGCGAGGGAGGACGAUGCUGCUCACGACGCAUUUCAUGGACGAGGCGGACCUCCUCGGCGACCGGAUCGCCAUCAUGUCGGAGGGGGAUCUCAAGUGCGUCGGGUCAUCCAUCUUCCUCAAGAAGAAAUUCGUUCAAGACCGGAUCGCCAUCAUGUCGGAGGGGGAUCUCAAGUGCGUCGGGUCAUCCAUCUUCCUCAAGAAGAAAUUCGGGGCCGGGUAUCACAUGGUGGCCGUGAAGGAACCCUGGUGCGAUGUGUCCCGAGUGACCGAGGUGAUCCAGCGACACGUCCCCGACGGGAGUCUGGACCAGAACGUCGGAGCGGAACUCACCUUCCUCCUCCCCGACAACAGCAGUCCCCGUUUCCCGUCCAUGUUCACGGAGUUGGAGAAUCGGAAGGGAGACCUGGGCAUCUCGAGCUUCGGCGUCUCCGUCACCACCAUGGAGGAGGUCUUCAUCAGGUGGGAAUCGGUCUUCGUCUCUCGAAUAGCAAGGAAGUGAUGGAGUAAU